AUGGCGGCCGCACGGUGGAUGCUCCGCUGGGUCGCGGCGGCGGCGGCCGCGGUGGCGGCGGCGCUGGCGCUGGACAACGGCCUGGCGCGGACACCGCCCAUGGGCUGGCUGCACUGGGAGCGCUUCCUCUGCGCCACCGACUGCGCCGCCGAGCCGCGCCGCUGCGUCAGCGAGCAGCUGUUCGUGGAGAUGGCUGACAGGAUGGCUGCCGAGGGCUGGAGGGACGCGGGCUACGAGUUCAUCUGCAUCGACGACUGCUGGAUGGCCCCGACGCGGGACAAGCAGGGCAGGCUGCAGGCGGACCCCAAGCGCUUCCCCGGGGGGAUCCGCAAGCUGGCCGACUAUGUCCACUCCAAGGGUCUGAAGCUGGGAAUCUACAGUGAUGUUGGAAACAAGACAUGUGCUGGCUUCCCUGGCAGCUACAACCACUAUGACCUGGAUGCCCAGACAUUUGCUUCCUGGGGUGUGGACCUGCUCAAGUUUGAUGGCUGCAAUUCUGAGUCACUGGAGCUACUGGCAGAAGGAUACAGGCGCAUGUCUGUGGCCCUGAACAGGACUGGAAGGAGCAUUGUGUACUCCUGUGAGUGGCCUUUCUACUUGAGGCCCGUGCAGCAGCCCAAUUACACAGAGAUCAAACAGUACUGCAAUCACUGGAGGAACUUCUAUGAUGUCUAUGACUCCUGGAGCAGCAUCAAGAGUAUCUUAGACUGGACAGCACUUCACCAGGACACCAUUGUGAAGAUAGCUGGGCCAGGGGGCUGGAAUGAUCCUGACAUGCUGGUGAUUGGAAACUUUGGGCUGAGCUGGGACCAGUCGGUGACUCAGAUGGCCAUGUGGGCCAUUAUGGCCGCUCCCCUCUUCAUGUCCAACGACCUGCGGCGCAUCAGCCCCGAGGCCAAGUGGCUGCUCCAGAACAAAGAGGUGAUUGCCAUCAACCAGGACCCCCUGGGCAAGCAGGGAUACCAGCUUUCCAAGGACAAGAACUUCCAGCUGUGGGAGCGGCCCCUGUCUGACCGAGCCUACGCUGUGGCAGUGCUGAACCAGCAGGAGAUUGGAGGGCCCCAGAAAUUCACCUUCUCCCUCACCUUCCUCGGCAAUGGGCUGGCCUGCAACCCAGCCUGCUCCAUCCGACAGGUGCUGCCAGCCAGCAGGGACUGUGGUGUGUACAGCUGGAUGUCCUCCCUGAGCGUGGAGGUGAACCCCACAGGCACUGUGCUGCUCAAAGUCCUGCCACUAUAGGCAGCACUAAGACAAUCUUCUCCUAAGCCUUAGGCUCUGUCUGAACUUGUGGCAGGAAAUUCAUCUCUUUCUUCCAAGCAGGUGCCUUUCUUCUCAGGCAUUCAUUAUCUGAACCUUCAGCUGAAUGUGACAAAUUGCCAUCACUCCAUCAUCGAGAGGUGACAGAGAAAGGGUGAACAGCAGAGCAGGGCCCCUUUCCCUGGCAUCACACCCAACUCCUCCUCCAAGGGGCUGGAAGGGCUCCAGCAGGGCCCCUUUCCCUGGCAUCUCACCCAACUCCUCCUCCAAGGGGCUGGAAGGGCUCCAGCAGGGCGGCAGCUCCUGUUUACACCCACUGCCACUACCGAGCAAGGAAAGGCAAGGGAUGCACAGGCAGCACCUUACAGCUGUCCUGGAGCAUUUUAGGGACAAUAGGGAAACACACCUUGGCCACCUUGCUCUCUUUUCCAGACCAGGACACACAGUCCAAGAAAAGCUGCUCCCAUCCCCACUAAGGAAACCAAACACUUGACUCAGAGCAUGGACAUGCACUUCCAUCUUCUGACAACUCAGGGACUGACACGAACCAUUGCACUUCUUAGCAACUUUCUUGACAGCUACUAUCAGGCCUUAGGACUCAAGUUGUUGAGGGUUUUCCCUCACUCCAGGAAUCUCUCACCAGUGGCUGUCACUUCCCUUUAGAUGACAACUCCCUCUCUACCCCUCAUAUGACCAAUGGAGUCCCCUUUCUCCAUGAAUCCUGCCUCCCAGAAAUCCCUGAGUGCUUGCUUCCCACUGCUGGCAGCAGCCUUUAGGUUGAAUAACAUGGGCUCUCCAGGACAGGAAAUGGAUAAUCACUUAAGCAACCAUCAUGUGCAAAUAUAUUAUCUUCUGAUUACAAUACAAUCAGGAUUUCUUGAUUUGUUCUUCUGUGAUUAAGCACUUUGAUUAAAAUCCCUUUAAAAGAC